GGCGAGGGCAAUAGUCGCAGGACACAGCCAAAACAACAAACUCGCGCUCUUCUCUCCUCGCUUCUCUCAUCUUUCUCUCUAUGUUUGUCUCUCAUAUUUGUGGAGGAACUCCUUCGAAGAGAACCAAAACUCGCAUGGAAGGAAAAACACAUCAGAAACCCUAGCGAACACCCUUCUUACGUUCUUUAUCUGCUAAUACCUAUAUUACCAUCUAUACUUUUUUUCAUCUUUUUUGGUUUCAUUUGUUUCUUGGAUCUUAUUCUUUUACAGGGGAGAAAACGAGAAAGAACGGAUGAGUUUUUCGGAUAUGUUCUUGUUCUGGAGAUCUAAUGCUUGCCCUUCUGAGUGUCUUUUAUGAAAUUCUGAUUGGUUAUCUCUAAUGGUUGAUUUUCUGUUCUGAAAUUAGGGUUUUUCGUCUCACUUCUUUUCUCGUAAGGAAGUGUCGCUUUUCUCAGAUUUUUCGGCCUACAAAGCUAUUAGUACUGGUUGGGAAGAUUAGUCUUGGAAAAUGUCAAGUCAGUAUCCAAUUCUUGGCAACCGACCGAUUGAUCAAUGGAAAGUUGCAGAGUUAAAGGAAGAGCUUAAGAGAAGGAAGCUUACAGUAAAGGGGUUAAAAGAUGACUUGAUAAAACGAUUGGAUGUAGCAAUUCGCAUUGAGAGGGAAGCUCUUGCUAAAGAAGAAUUUAACGGUUUUGAUUGUGAUACCAAAGAGGUUGACAGUGAAGAGGCAGAACUGAAGCAGAUUGACACUGAAAUUAUUGCAGAUACUAUGGGCGGCAGUGAAAAUAAAACCCAAGCAACAGAAGUUACUGAGGACGGCAGUGAAAAUAAGAUCCAAGCAGCAGAAGAAGAUAUUAAGGACAGCAGUGAAAAUAAAUCCCAAGUGGCAGAAGGUACUUAUGGCAGUGAAAAUAAAUCCCAAGUGGCAGAAGAUACUUGCGGCAGUGAAGAUAAAAUUCAAGCGGCAGAUGUCGAUGAGUCUGUUGUUUACAUUGAUGACUAUACACCUAAGGAUGGCAGUGAAAAUAAAACCCAAGCAGCAGAAGAUACUAAGGAUGGACAUGAAAGUAAACCCCAAGCGGCAGAAGAUAUUUGUGGCAGUGAAGAUAAAGUUCAGUCAGCAGAUGCCGAUGAAUCUGUUGUUUGCGUUGAUGACACUCUACCUGAGACAUCUGAAGGGAAAGCACGAGCUGAGGAGUCAACUGGUAAUACAGAUUCUGUGGGUGUUUUUGAUGAACCAGCAGUACAUGCCGUGUCUUUGGAAACCGCUGUCACUGUCAGUCAGACCGUGGUAACACAGUCAGCAUCAAGCGAGCAGGAGUUGCAGAGCAAUGAAAUCAAGACUGAAAUCAAGACUCAGGAUGAGGAUCAAAAGCCUCUCAGGGAAGAUGCUCUGCUCAACAUUUACGAUCCGAACAAUCAGGUAUCUGAGGUGAGCCCUGUUUUAGGGUCUCAAGUAAAGUAUGAGUCUAUUUCUACUGAUUCUGUGUCAAUUAUUGAAAAGAAUGAACUAAAGGAUAAUUUGAAUGCUGAUAAUUUCCAUUUAGAACUAGAAGUUAAGCCGGAGAUGGUGCAACCAUCAUCCAGUCAUGUUCCUCCUAAUGGUGGCAAUGUACAUCCACUGGAUAAUCAAGAGCCACGUGAGAACCAGGGCUCUGUUGAAGAUAUUGAUGACACCAAUAACCCUAAUAUGGACUUUAGCAAGAAAAAUGAUAGUGCUGAUGGGGGGUCCCCAGAAAAAUUAAAUUUAGACCGAAGUUCCGGUGAUGAUUCAAUGGAGGAGGAUGUAUUGGAGAGUAAGCAGAUUGAUUCUAAUCAUAAUUCUGAUGAGGUGAGAGAUAGGAAUGAGCUAACUGAAGUGCAUGUUGUAAAAGAAGUAUGUCUUGUUGAUGCUAUCAUGGGGGAUGGCUUCUCUUCUGAGAAGAAAGAAGUUCCUGAUGAUAAUGAGAAUCGUCACGGUGUUCAUGCGGAGAAAAGAAAAUUUGAAGACCAAGAAGCAGUUGGGAACAGUGAACCUCCUAAAAGACAGCGUCGAUGGAAUUCUGAAAAAUUAAAAGUUCCUGAACUGCAAACCUCUAAUUUAACACCUUCUUCAACACCUAAAGAUGCUUCUCGCUCUUCCUUCCCUAAAAGAAACUUCAGUAGGUCGGACUCAAAUGUAAGCGAAGAAGCACCCAAAGAUCGUGUUGUUCCACCCUCACAAAAACCUCCAACUACAUCCCUUAGAGUCGAUCGUUUUCUCCGUCCGUUUACUCUUAAGGCAGUGCAAGAGCUUCUAGCAAAAACUGGAAAAGUCUCUAGUUUCUGGAUGGAUCACAUCAAGACACACUGCUAUGUCAUGUAUUCGUCAGUAGCAGAAGCCAUAGAAACUCGAAAUGCACUGUACAACCUACAGUGGCCACCAAAUGGUGGACGACUGCUGGUGGCCGAGUUUGUUGAUCCUCAGGAAGUGAAAAUGCGGGCUGAAACUCCUGUCCAGCCUCAAGCACCACCUGUCAGCACAAGUCCAAGGACUCCGGCAGCCCCUUCAAACAUCCAGACCCAGCCUCCUGCUCGUCAACAUGGGCUGCGACAGCAGCUUCCACCCCCACCUCCACUCCCACCACCACCAUCAAUAUCUGACCAACCCACGGCAAGGGAGAAGCUGCCUCUUCCACCCCCACCUCCACUCCUAAAGAAGCCAGAACCACUGAUUGUUACCCUUGAUGAUCUGUUUAGGAAGACCAAAGCUACCCCUCGAAUAUAUUACUUACCAUUGUCUGAUGAACAAGUUGCAGCAAAACUUGCAGCAAGAGGGAGAAAGGCCAACGAGUAGGAUUGGCUUGGUUCGUAACUGACACUUGGGCUCCUUUACUAAUUAGUUGGUAUGUCAGAUGGUAAGAAUGUAUUUUUUUUUUUUAAUGUAAUCAGGUCUUUGCAGCUCUAGAAGAAUUCAAUUCUGUAGGAAUGAAAAGACCCGAUCAAGUUUGUGCAGAAGGGAUCUGGAUCGUCGGUCGAGGAAUUCUGUACAGUGGUUCUAGUAUUGAGAUUUUAUCUAUGAGUUUGAACAAUGGCUCCUGUGAUCAUAUGUAUGAGUUUCGGUAACAGAGAAAAUGGUCCGUUUUAUCAAACUUGUAGUGCUUUCUGGUUAUUACCAUGGGGUACUUGAACUUCAAUCCUCGUAGUUUUUAGAGUCAAUGUGGAUGGUGUUCCAAAUAAUCUUUGUUUUGUAUUGGAAUUCAUUGUUUGGUACAAAGCAAAGAACCUUAAUACUGUACUUUUUCUGGAGUAGUGAUAUGAGCUUUGUUUUUUAGGCUGGUUAAA